AAAGUCAUUCAACUUGGGUUGAUGAAAAUCAAGGAUGAAGUGAGAACAGUUCAAUCAAGUAGUGCGAGUAAUGUGCCAUGUACUAGUACUUUACCACCUUCAAGUAGUACUUUACCACCUUUCCAUACUUCACCAAAAAGUCCGCCUCGUAUCAAUACUAGAAAAGAAAGCAUGACUCGCAAGGUGCUCAGUCCUUUGGUUGCUCGAAGAAGAGGCCGUCCAUGUACGAAACGGAAGGUUAGCAAGGUUGAUGCAAUAGUGAAUCGGUUGAAGGGAAAAAAUAAGAAGGAUAAUCCGGGUCAAAAGGUGCGUCAAGGUGAACCUCGUAAGUUAAGCUUUCCUUGUACGGGAGGCGUGCAACACACUAUGUAUGAACCGGUGCCGCCAAAUGAACCUUACUAUUAUCCUUCUAUGGAUGCCAUAGCAGACAGUAUGUAUGUACCGGCACCAGUUAGUACAAUUGGGGACGACAUUGGAAGCACAUCUCAUACUCAAGCUGGAAUGCUCAACAAUAUUACCAGUCAAAGUUCGAUAGUACCACCAAAUUUUGUUGACUUGAACAUCGACGGGGAUCCAUUUUUUUUUUAGUUUCGAAGUGGUAAUUGUAACCUGUGUAUGUUAACUGAAAGAGUAUGACUGACUUUGUAUGUUCAGUGAAUUUGUUGAAUUUCAGCUGUUGAACA